AACGGAAUCGGACAGAAGACAUUCGGAUUGUAUCAUAAAGGGAAACACGAGCAAUGCAAAUUACUCUUACAACACGGCAAAAGCAAACUAUUCAAGUCGACAUAGACGCCGACCGAACGGUGAAAGCCCUGAAGGAAAUAAUUGAAGCUAAGAAAGGGAAAGGCAGCUUCCCAGUUUCACGACAGAAGCUGAUCUAUGAAGGCAAGAUCUUACUGGAUGACACACCAAUUAAGGAGUACAACAUUGAUGAAAAUAAGUUUGUUGAGGUUGUGGUGUCCAAGGGAGACUCCAGCAUGAUCCGUGAAAAGUCCCCUUCUUCAGAAUCUCACAAAACUUCAGUCCCAGAACAAGGGCAGUCGCCACCAAAACCAGCCCAUGCAGCACUCCCCAUUCCACCUUAUGAGGCCCAGUACCUGGAGCAGUCUCCCAACGCACAGAAUCACGGUGCUUCUGGGCCAUACCCCCUGGAGGAGGCCCAAGGGGAAGACGCAUCAUCAGUUCUGGUGAAUGGGCAACAGUAUGAGUCGACAUUGAUUGAGAUGGUGUCCAUGGGGUACGAGAGGGAGAAGGUGGUGGCAGCUCUCAAGGCCAGCUUCAAUAACCCAGACCGUGCUAUGGAGUACCUCCUCGAUGGGAUCCCCACCUCACCAGUUCAGGAGACCACCCAUGCCGCAGAGCGUUCUGCCAGCAUAGAUACCUCUGCUGAAGGAGAGAACCGCUUGCAGCUCCAGCACUCUCAAGCACAGUUCCAGGGCAUGCAGCAGUAUCCAGCAGCUGGCGAGUGGGGGGGCGCGGGGGAGGGCACCACAUUAAACUACAAUGUCACACCCCAGGAGAAGGAAGCCAUAGACAAUUUAAAGGCGAUGGGUUUUCCAGAAGACCUGGUGAUUCAGGCAUACUUUGCUUGUGAGAAAAAUGAAAAUGAGGCUGCCAAUUUCCUGCUUAACCAGAAUGAAUGAGGCCUUUGCUGUCUUCCCCUUCCCUCUACUCAGCGGAAGUACA